CGCCACGUCUAUAAAUGUGAAGCCUGGGGACCCAGAGCUCAACAUUCAAACUCAUCAGCAUGUCUGAUCUCAAUGCUGUGUCUCGUGAGCUGAUCUUCUUUGUCAAUGGAAAAAAGAUGAUUGAGAAGAAUGCAGAUCCAGAAGAGGUGCUGCUCAGCUAUCUGAGGAGAAAAGCUGGUUUGACUGGUACCAAGUACGGCUGUGGCACUGGAGGCUGUGGAGCCUGCACCGUCAUGGUGUCCAGCUACAGCGGCCACCAAGAAAGAGUCAUGUAUCCUUUUUUUGUACUUUCCACGACAAGAUGGAUUUUUUUAAACAAGGCCUUUCUCAAAAAUAAGAGUUUAUGUAUCUUGACCUUUGACCCAUGCAGGCACUACACGGUCAACGCCUGUCUGCAGCCGAUCGUCACCCUGCACGGUGCAGCGGUGGUGACGGUCGAAGGCGUCGGCAGCACUAGGACCAAACUCCACCCUGUUCAGGAGCGAAUAGCGAAAGCUCACGGCACCCAGUGUGGUUUCUGCACUCCAGGGAUGGUGAUGUCGAUGUACACCCUGCUGAGGAACAAGCCCCGGCCCACCAUGGAGGACAUCAAGGAAGCGCUCUGCGGGAAUAUUUGCCGCUGCACUGGCUACAGGCCAAUCAUUGAUGGAUUUAAGACUUUCUGUGGACGCGAGGAGACAUCGGGCUGCUGUCAAAACGGAGGAGGAAAAUGCUGUAUGGAAAAUGGAACAAAUGGGAGUAAAAGCAACAGUGAUGAGGAAAGUGAUGUAUGUCCAAAAUGUCAAGUUCCAUGGGGUUCCCUGUGCUGCUGCUGCUGCUGUGUACACUUGAUUUAUAAAUUGUUAAUAUGUUGUUUUGUCCUGGGUCAGAUCUCUCAGGAAUUUUCCCCAAUGGACGACCUGUUACCCCUCGAUCCUUCCCAGGAUCUCAUCUUCCCUCCAGAGCUGCUGAUCAUGGAGAAGAAAUUCAGUGGCGACGCUCUCCAUUUCCAAGGGCAGAGAGUGAGUUUGGUGGCUCCCUCUGAGCUGCUGCACCUCCUGGAGCUGAAAGCCGAACAUCCCUCAGCUCCACUGACUGUCGGCAACACGACCAUCGGGCCGAAAAGGCUUCUAAAAGGAGUCCAUCAUCCUCUGGUGGUCUACGUCGGAAGGAUUUCCGAGCUCAGAGCUGUGACGUGGGGGGAGAAUGGUCUGACAGUGGGAGCUGCCUGCAGCCUCAGCGUGCUGAAGGAGGAGCUGGAGAAGGCCGUGGCGGAGAUGGAGGAAGAGAGGGCCAGGGCAUACCGCCUGAUACUGCAGACCCUUCAGUGUCUGGCAGGGAAGCAGAUACGCAACAUGGCGAGUGUCGGUGGGAAUCUCCUCAGUGCCGAUUCCAAAUACGACCUCGGCAGCGUUAUGGCUGCCCUGGACUGCACCCUGCACGUCAUCUCCAAAGAUGGGAUGAGGGACAUCCACAUGAACGAAAAGCUCUUCCCCGACUUUGGAAAAACAUCCCUCAGGCCCAACGAAGUCCUACUGUCCAUCGACAUUCCCUACUCCAAACCUUGGGAGUCUGUGGCUUGGUACCGGCAGGCCCAGAGACGGGAGUUUGCCUUUGCCAUUGUGAACGCUGGUAUGAAGGUGGCCGUGAGGGAGGGAACCGACAUCGUGGAGUCCCUCAACGUCUACUACGGGGGAGUUGGAUCGACUCUGGUCAAAUGCGGACGGACGUGCCAGCAGCUCGUUGGGCGGCGGUGGGGAGAGGAUCUUCUCACAGACGCCUGCCGAUUCAUAAAGGAAGACGUGGACGUUUCUUUGUCGAUCCACGGAGGGCGGGCGGAGUAUCGCAAGACCCUCGCCAUCAGCUUCUUCUUCAAGUUUUACAUGCAAGUUGCCCUGGAGAUGAGAGAGAGGGGUGUUUCAGAUGUGGAUCUUCCCCUGGAAUACCUGAGCGCACUCAAGCCCUUCAAGAACGAAGUGCCACAGGGUCAACAGUCCUACCAGCUCGUAUCCGAGGCCCAGCCCUCCGCUGAUCCAGUGGGUCACCCCAGCAUGCACCAGUCUGCUUUCCAGCAGGCCACGGGCGAAGCCAAGUAUUACGACGACCUGCCGCCGGUGAAGGGAGAGCUCUUCAUCUUCAUGGUGACGAGCACCAGGGCCCACGCCAAAAUCAUUAACAUCGACCCGUCAGAGGCCCUGAAAAUGCCCGGUGUGGUUACUUGUAUCUCUGCCGGAGACGUUCCCGGGGCGAACCGCAGACUCUUCAUGAACUACACAGAGGAACUCUUUGCCACGGAAGAGGUGAUUUGUGUGGGUCAGAUCAUCUGUGCCGUGGUGGCGGAAAGCAGGGAACAGGCCAGAAGAGCGGCUGAGACGGUCCAGAUCACCUACCAGGACCUCCAGCCCGUCUUCUUCACCAUACAGGACGCCAUCAAGCACAAGUCUUUCUUUGAGCCGAGGAGGAAGGUGGAGAGAGGUGACGUGGACGCAGCGUUAAAGAUGGCUGAACAAAUUCUGGAGGAUGAGAUCUAUAUGGGUGGUCAGGAGCACUUCUACAUGGAGACUCAGGGACUGAUCGCCGUUCCCAAAGGAGAAAAUGAAGAGAUGGAUUUGUUCGUAUCCACUCAGCACGCCGCCCUCACUCAGGAGGUGGUCGGCACGGCGCUGGGCAUAGCCUCCAACAAGAUCACCUGUCACGUGAAGAGGCUGGGCGGAGGAUUCGGGGGGAAGGUGAUGAAGAUCGCCUCCCUCUCUGCCAUCACUGCUGUCGCGGCACACAAGACUGGGAGGGCGGUGCGCUGCUGUCUGGAGCGGGGCGAUGACAUGCUGAUCACCAGCGGCAGACACCCGUUCCUCGGAAAGUACAAGGUCGGAUACAACAGAGACGGCACCAUCAUCGCAGCAGACAUCAUUUACUACAGCAAUGGAGGGUGCACACUGGACGAGUCGUCCUUCAUAAUGGACAAAGCUGUCCUCCAUAUGGACAACGGCUACAAGAUCCCCAACCUGCGAGGUCGGGGCGUGGUGUGUAAAACCUACCUGCCGUCUUACACAGCCUUCCGGGGCUUCGGGGGCCCCCAAGGCCUGACCGUGAUCGAGAGCGUCCUGCACGAGGUGGCCGUCCGCUGCGGCCUGCCUCCCGAAAAGGUCAGAGACAUGAACAUGUACAGGGAGGAGCUGUGCCACACGCACUACAAGCAGCCCUUCUGCCCCACCAACAUGGUCCGCUGCUGGGACGAGUGUCUGGAGAGGGCCGACUACCAGGAGAGACUGCGGUCCAUCCAGCUCUUCAACUCCGCCAACCGCUGGAGGAAGAGAGGCAUCGCUGCCGUGCCGCAGAAAUUCGGUGUGGGCUUCUCCAAAGGUUUCUAUAAUCAAGGUGCCGCUCUGGUAAACAUCUUCAAAGACGGCUCGGUGCUGGUGACACACGGAGGGACGGAGAUGGGCCAGGGCAUCCACACCAAGGCCGUGCAGAUAGCCAGCCGCGUCCUCAACGUCCCCAUGGCCUCCAUCUUCAUCAAAGAGACGUGCACAGGAAACGUCCCAAACGCAGCACCGUCUGCCGCCUCCUUCGGCACCGACAGUGUGGGCAUGGCCGUCAAGGAUGCUUGUGAGAAGCUGAUGAGACGCCUGAAACCACUGAUGGAGAAGAAUCCCCGGAACACAUGGAAGCAAUGGGUCAACGACGCUUUCUUCCAGAAGAUCAGUUUAUCCGCGACUGGAUUCUUCAUGGGACCACCCACCAAUGUGGACUGGGAGAAGGGCGAAGGUGCAGCGUACUACUACUUCACCUAUGGCGCCUGCUGCUCCGAAGUGGAGAUCGACUGUCUCACUGGGGAUCACAAGAACAUCCGAACCGACAUCGUGAUGGAUGUUGGGAAGAGCAUCAAUCCUGCUUUGGACAUUGGACAGGUGGAGGGAGGCUUCGUUCAGGGCGUCGGCCUGUACACCAUCGAGGAGCUGCAGUUCUCCCCGGCCGGAGUCCUGCUCACCAGAGGGCCGUCCCAGUACAAGGUGCCGGCACUCUGUGACGUCCCGGCUCAGCUCAACGUUCACCUGCUUGCCGACUCCGAAAACCCUUGUGCCAUCUACAUGUCAAAGGGCGUUGGUGAGCCUCCGGUCUUCUUCGGCGCCACUCUUUUCUUCGCCAUCAAGGCGGCCAUCGCAGAGGCACGGAGAGAGAGAGGCCUCGGCGAGCCUUUCCCCCUGAGCUCACCCGCUACAGCUGAGAAGAUCCGCAUGGCCUGCCAGGACCAAUUCACUGAAAUGGCCUCGCCUCAGACGAAUGGGACAGCGACUCCGUGGUGCAUUCAGGUGUGAUCGUCCACAGACCACGAGAAGACAAGUCAGUUUUAGUUUAGUAAGUAAUUAUGGGCUUUUCUUUCUUUCUUCUGCACUUUUUUUUCUGUGCUUGUGUCCUGCUACUGAGUGAACACAGAGCAAACGAUGGAUUUAUUUGACACAUUCAAAUAUUUGCUGCAUAUAUAAUUAUUUAUUCUGUUAUACAUUUGAGAUUUGAUGCUUUAAUGCAUUCAGUUCACAUAUUGUUGGUAUUUUAAUUAUAUGUAAAAAUUAUUUCAUGGCAUAUUCAUAUGAUAACUGUACUAGGUAAUUAUUAUUUGUUACAUUUAGUCUACAGUCAAUCUAGAUUUAGUUUGACCACAAAAAAGCAAAAGAAUCCAGUUUUAGAUGUUUAAGGCCCAUGGUUUGAAAGAUCCUGGUUUGCUGACUGGAAUCUGGAAACAAAGUAAAACAACAAACAAAUUGAAUUAAAAUAAAUGAAUGGCAUAUGUAUGGCUAUCAUUUUUUUUGUUGUUUUGGCAACUUGUCUAUUUUAUAUUAUUAAGAAAAAACUAUGAAGAGAUUUCACUCGUUUUUCUUCCCUUUCUUUGUUAAAAUCAAUUCACUCUAUCUGGAUUAAAUAUAAUUUGUCUA